AUGAUUCACUUGAUAUUGCAAGUCUUUUCUUUUAAUUUUACAAGUGUUUUGUGUUUUUCACUUUUAAUUUUUAUAAUUCUAUUUUUAAUUUAUGGAAAACAUAAAUAUAUAUAUAAAUUCAUUAAUAAUAAUAUAUACAAGAAAAAAUAUAAUAUAAAAUUUUCCAAAUAUAAUGGAUAUAACUUAAACCAAUUAAAUAAAAGAGUAAAUAAUUCAACUCAUAAUAAAGAAGAUGAAUAUCUAUUAUAUAAAAAGAAAUUUCUUUUAAAUAGAAAAAAUAAAUUUUUAAAGAGAAUUAAGACGAAAUUAUUUCAUAAUAGUUUAUCAAAAUAUAAUUUUAAAUAUAAAUUAAACUUCUAUGUAUGUAAUGUAACUAAAAAAAAAAAGACGAAAUUAAUCCAUAGUUUAUCGAAUGAAAAAAAGAAAAAAAAAAAAAUGAAUAUAAAGUUUAAUAAUACAAAUGAAAAUAAUACUACACAAGUUACUUUAAUAGAUGAGAAAAAUGCACCUUCUACUAUUUUUAAUUAUGACAAAAACGACGAAAUAAAAAAUAUGCUAGUAGAUCUAAAAGAAAUUUGUGAUAAUUUAAAAAUUUUUGUUGAGAACAAUAUUUUAAAAGAGCAGAAAAAAGCUAAUUUAUUUGUUGCAACAAAUAUGAAAAAUGAAAAGCUUUUAAAGAAAGAGAUAAACACAUUAAGUAAUAAUCAAGAAUUAAAUUGUGAAAAUAUUAACAAUUGUGUACAUAAAAAAUUAGAUAAAGAAAAUAUGAUAUUACAUAAAAAUGAAAUAGAAUCUUGUAUUUGUAAUUUAUUUAAAAUAUAUAAAGAAAUAGAAUUAUUAAAAGAUAUAAACACAUAUACAUAUGUAUGUAUGCUUAAUGAAUACUGUAAUUUUCUAUUAAAAUUUAAAGUAUUAGAUUAUUUAGAUAUUUGUAGAAAUAAUAAUAUAGCUAAUGAAGUAAGUACUAAUCUUAUACAAAAGGUAAUUAUUUACGUGUGGGGAAUUUAA